AUGGUCAGUUUGCUCGUUCAGUUGCCAAUCAAUCGCCAUGGCUGAUCCACGUCCCCAGCUCACCCUGCUAAUCCUCGGUCUGAUUUGCGCCGGAGUCGCUCUGGUUCCGGAGACGGAGGCCCUGCCUCAGGGCCGGAUUCUCGGUGGGGAGGACGCCAUCCAGGGAGAGUUUCCCUGGUCCGUCUCUGUCCGAUACCUGAAGACCCACGCCUGCUCCGGCAGCCUCAUCUCAGACAGCUACAUCCUCACCGCCGCCCACUGCCUCUCCGACGUGGGAACCACGCCUGUAAGUACCAGUGACGUGCAGGUGCGAGUUGGAAGCAUCAAUCAGUUUGCCGGAGGCAGCAUCGUGUCUGUUAAGAGGAUCCUGAUCCACCCCUCCUACGGAAACUUCCUUAACGACAUUUGCCUGAUCGAACUGAACGAACCCGUGACCCUCAGCGACCGCAUUGCACCCGUGACCUUGCCCACUGCCAGCGAGGGUGAGACCGAGGAGACUGAGGCCGAAGAGGAGGAGCUUCCCAAUGGAACGCCGGUCUAUGUGGCUGGGUGGGGCGAGCUCUCGGACGGAUCCGCCGGCUACAAGCUCCAGAAGGCCAACUUCAAUACGCUGAGUGCUCCGUACUGCGAGCUGGCUGCCGGAUACGGAUACAACACUACCGUGUGCCUGUCCCGUGCUGAGAAGGAGGGCAUCUGCCGGGGAGAUGCCGGAGCCGGUGUCAUCGAUGACCAGAAGAUCCUGCGUGGCAUUACCAGUUUCUUCUUUGGAGACUGCGGCAGCAAGUACCCAGACAUAUCCACCAGGGUCUCCUACUAUCUGGACUGGAUUUCCGCCAAUACCGCCGAGGAACCGCCGCGGAGAACUGAAGUUUUUGGUCUUAAACUCGACAUUUUUAUUAAGAUGCAGCACAAAUCUUUGAUUCUGGGAGUAAUCACCUUGGCCCUAGUGGGCAUGGCACAGGCGGGCGGUAGGAUUUUGGGCGGAGAGGAGGCAGGGGCAUAUGACACGCCCUAUGCCGCCUCACUGCGAGUGGACAACGCCCACACGUGCGGGGCAUGUAUCACGUCCACGAACACCCUUCUCACCGCCGCCCACUGUGUGCAUCGCGACAAUAAACUAUUGGACGCGAGCCGCCUGUCUGUCCGAGUGGGCACCACGAACCAGUACGCAGGCGGUAAGAUUGCGCAUGUGGAGUCAGUCACCGUCCACCCCAGCUACGACAACUUGGACAACAACCUGGCCAUACUCAAACUGAGUGAACCCCUGACCUUCACCGAGCGAAUCCAGGCCAUCGAGGUGGCCGCCAGCGGGGAGGCCCUGCCUGAGGCGGGGUCUGAGGUCAGUGUAGCCGGGUGGGGUCGCACUGUCGAGGGCACCGCCUCCAACAAGAUCCGGGACCUGGGUCUCCAAGUGGCCGAGGAGGCGGCCUGUCUGGACGCCUACAGCAGUCACGAUAGCACCAGCUUCUGCCUGGCCCAUGAACUCAAGGAGGGCACCUGCCACGGGGACGGCGGCAGCGGGGCGGUUCACCAAAACAAGCUGAUUGGCGUCUGCAGCUUCGUGGUCGGCGCCUGCGGCUCCCGCUACCCGGACGUGUUCGUCCGCCUUUCGGCCUACUCCGAAUGGAUUCAAGAGCAGUUGGCCUAAACACUAAACUAUUUAUUUUUGUUAGCCGGUUUUGUUUUGUGAAAUAUGUAAAUACAAGACAAAUACAUAUAUCUUAAGAAACAUAAAAAAUAUAUGUGUGUGUGUUACUAUAAUAUUACUACUAUUAUUGGGGUCUUUAUGAAAACUCAAUAGCAACAACCACAAUAUAUUUACUCAAAUUAAAAAAAAAAAUUGAAACUUA